CUCAAGAUGGCGCUGCGCUCAGUGCGGAAGGCGCGUGGGUGCUGGAGCUCCAUCCGGGCACUUCAUAAAGGACCUGGAGCUAGGAGCGCGCCGCGCGUCUCCAUGAAAGACGGCAUGAAACGAGUCUUUUCGGGCAUUCAGCCUACAGGAAUCCCCCACCUGGGCAAUUACCUGGGCGCCAUUGAGGGCUGGGUGAGGUUGCAGAAUGAGUAUGACUCUGUGCUGUACAGCAUUGUUGACCUCCACUCCAUCACCGUCCCCCAAGAGCCCACUAUCCUUCGGCAGAGCAUCCUGGACAUGACUGCUGUUCUUCUUGCCUGUGGCAUAAACCCAGAGAAAAGCAUCCUUUUCCAGCAAUCUCAGGUGCCCGAACAUGCACAGUUAAGUUGGAUCCUUUCCUGCAUGGUCAGACUACCUCGAUUACAACAUUUACACCAGUGGAAGGCGAAGACUGCCAAGCAGAAGCACGACGGGACAGUGGGUCUGCUCACGUACCCGGUACUCCAAGCAGCUGACAUUCUGCUGUACAAGUCCACACACGUUCCUGUCGGGGAGGAUCAAGUCCAGCACAUGGAACUGGUUCAGGAUCUGGCACGAGGUUUCAACACGAAGUAUGGGGAGUUCUUUCCGGUGCCCAAGUCCAUUCUAACAUCAAUGAAGAAGGUAAAAUCCCUUCGUGAUCCUUCUGCCAAAAUGUCAAAAUCAGACCCUGACAAACUGGCCACCGUCCGAAUAACAGACAGCCCAGAGGAGAUAGUGCAGAAAUUCCGCAAGGCUGUGACAGACUUCACCUCAGAGGUCACCUACGACCCGGCCAGCCGGGAGGGCGUCUCCAACAUGGUGGCCAUCCAUGCGGCAGUGACUGGGCUCACCGUGGAGGAAGUGGUACAGCAUAGCAUAGGCCUGGACACAGCUCACUACAAGCUGAUGGUGGCAGAUGCUGUGAUUGAGAAAUUUGCUCCAAUUAAGAGUGAAAUUAAAAAACUGAAGAUGGACCAGGACCAUUUAGAGAAGGUUUUACAAGCUGGGUCUGCAAAAGCCAAAGAAUUAGCAUACCCUGUGUGCCAGGAGGUGAAGAAAUUGGUGGGGUUUCUAUAGGAAGUUUCAGUGAAUCCUAAAAAGGCCUGUGUGUCUUACAGUCUGUGCACUCCGCUAAAGGCGGCUUUCCUCAAAAGCAAAGAGUUACGGUUUGGGGACAUUUAAUUUGGUAUUUGUUAUGGUUGGUUAUCGGCUUCAUUUGAUGACUAAUGCUGUGUAGCUCUCAAGUAGAACAGUGUUCUAAACCCCAUCAGCAGAGUGCUGCGACCAGAAAAAAAACAAAACAUUAAAGAAGGCAUAGCUGUAUGAAUUUCCAAUUA